AUGCCGAGGUCGUGCAGCAGUCGUUCAGGGGCCCUGCUGCUGGUCUUGCUGCUUCAGGCCUCCAUGGAAGUGCGUGGCUGGUGCCUGGAGAGCAGCCAGUGUCAGGACCUCACCACGGAAAGCAACCUGCUGGAGUGCAUCCGGGCCUGCAAGGCCGACCUCUCGGCCGAGACGCCUGUGUUCCCAGGCAACGGCGACGAGCAGCCAUUGGCCGAGAACCCCCGGAAGUACGUCAUGGGCCACUUCCGCUGGGACCGCUUUGGCCGCCGGAACGGCAGCAGCGGAGGCGGCGCCGGGCAGAAGCGUGAGGAGGAGACGGCGGUACUGGGCGGAGGCGAUGGCGGCGCUCCCGGCCCGCGUGAGGGCAAGCGCUCCUACUCCAUGGAGCACUUCCGCUGGGGCAAGCCGGUGGGCAAGAAGUGGCGCCCCGUGAAGGUGUACCCCAAUGGCGCCGAGGACGAGUCGGCCGAGGCCUUCCCUCUGGAGUUCAAGAGGGAGCUGGCCGGAGGGCGGCCCGAGGUGGCGUCCGACGGCCUCGACGGCCCCGAUGUGGAGUACGGCCUGGAGCCAGAGCUCGAGGCCGAGAAGAAGGACGACGGGCCCUACCGCAUGGAGCACUUCCGCUGGGGCAGCCCGCCCAAGGACAAGCGCUACGGCGGCUUCAUGACGGCGGAGAAGAGCCAGACGCCGCUGGUGACGCUGUUCAAGAACGCCAUCGUCAAGAACGCCCACAGGAAGGGCCAGUGAGGGCCACGGCCCUCGCUGCGUGGCCGACCUCAGCGCGCGGGGGCCGAGGUAGCCGCAGGCACUCAGCCUUGUAGAGCUGCCUGUAGUUAGGAAA